UUUUCAUAAUUAUGUAAUUAAGAUGCCGAUUUUCAAACUUUGCAGGAAGCUUAGAAAAAAUUUUAUUUUUGGGGGUUUGGCUCAAUCCUAUCGAAAUACAAUAUUAAAUUAUUUUGAUUAUUUCUUCACAACAAUAUUUACUGUGGAAAUAACUUUAAAAGUCAUUGUUUAUGGUCUAGUUUUGCAUAAAGGCUCUUUCUGCAGAAAUGCUUUUAAUUUACUUGAUAUUUUGGUUGUUGCUGUUUCUUUAAUUUCUUUUGUUUUAAAAUCUGAUGCAAUUUCUGUUGUUAAGAUUUUGCGUGUUUUGAGGGUUUUACGUCCUUUACGUGCCAUCAAUCGAGCUAAAGGUUUAAAACAUGUUGUUCAAUGUGUUAUUGUUGCUGUCAAAACAAUAGGGAAUAUUAUGUUGGUUACAUUUAUGCUUCAAUUUAUGUUUGCAAUUAUCGGUGUUCAAUUAUUUAAAGGAACUUUCUUUUCUUGUAAUGAUCCUUCUAGAAUGACAGAAAUGGAAUGUAGAGGGGAAUUUAUUACUUUUGAGGAUGGGGAUCCAACAAAGCCUGUUAGCAUGAAAAGGGUUUGGCAACGAGCUGAUUUUCAUUUUGUGAGUUUUUUGGAAGGAUAG